UUCUUUCAGGCUGUCUUUUAAUUUUUUGUGGAGUGACAUGGGUUUCUUCUGUAGUCGUCUUCACUUUUUUCUUGAUGGAAUUGUUCAUAGUUGUGCUUGAAGAAUUUUUUUUCAAGAUUUCCCACCCCCUUAGACUCCUUUUCCCUUAGGAGUGAGUUGCCACAGCAACUUGCUUAUCGUUGUUCUGAAAGUUGGCUUUUUUGAAGUCCAGGAUAUGUGUUUGGCUACAGUUAACCUUUGUCUCCUUUAGAACUGAGAAUUCAAGUAUUGCAUGGUCAAAUGAAUCUCCCAGAGUUCUCAUGGCCUCUAUUUUGUUCACUAGGCCAUCCCUGUUAGCAUUAAAUCAAGGAUAGCUGAUCCUCUUGUUCUUUUUCCUACCUUUUACUGAUCUUGAUAGAGAUCCAGCAACUGUCAAGGACAUCCAUCCAAUUGGCAGCUAUAUGUGGACACAACCAACCAGUACCAGCACUGAAAACAUUGAUGGCAAUCUUUAAUGCCACCGACCUUGAGACCAAGAAUGCCCUCUUCACUGUUGGAUCCCAAGGACUACGUGUCUGACCCAGGAAUCCCAGGCUGUUGUGCAAGUGUCCUCUAAAAUCCAGAGUGAGUCCUCCAGAGAUGGCUGAGGACCAGGAGCCAGUGCAGUCAUGGAAUUCUUCUUUGAAGCCUUUGGUCAAGGAGUGUUCCAGCAACACAUACCGUAGCAUGCAGCACUCCCAGACUUUGCUGAGUGGAUUAGUCGCUCUCCGGGACAGUGCCAUCCUCUUUGAUGUUGUCCUGCUUGUAGAGGGGAAGCCAAUUGAAGCACAUCGUAUCCUACUGGCAGCAUCAUGUGAUUACUUCAGGGGAAUGUUUGCUGGUGGACUAAAAGAAAUGGAACAGGAAGAAGUCCAUAUUCAGGGGGUAUCUUAUAAUGCUAUGUGUAAAAUCCUAAAUUUCAUAUAUACUUCUGAACUGGAACUUGGCCUAAACAACGUGCAGGAAAUACUAACAGCAGCCUGCCAACUUCAGAUCCCUGAGGUCAUCAAAUUCUGCUGUGAAUUCCUUAUGUCCUGGGUGGAUGAGGAGAACAUCUUGGAUAUGUACAGACUCGCUGAUCUCUUUGACCUCAGCCACUUGAGUGUGGAACUGGACUCCUUCAUUUUGAAGAACUUUCUCACUUUUUCAAAGACUGAAGUGUACCGUCAGCUUCCCUUGGAAAAGACUUAUGCCCUCCUCAAUAGCAAUUUCUUAGAGGUCAUAUCUGAGAAUGAGGUCUACGAAGCAGCCCUGUUUUACCAUUAUACACCAGAACAAGUAGAAAUGGAUCAGGUCUCUUUGAUGGAGCCUCCAAAGCUGCUGGAGACUGUCCGUUUCCCUUUGAUGGAGCUUCAGACUCUGCAAAGACUCCAUGAUAGGCUGAGUUCAUGUCCCCUAAAGGAGACAGUGGCCAGUGCACUAAUGUACCACAAGAAUGAGUGCCUCCAGCCUGUGCUUCAGAGUAGGCACACACAAGUGCGGUCAGAGUUUCAUUGCGUGGUGGGGUUUGGGGGGAUGCAUUCAACUCCUUCCAUAGCUCUCAGCAACCAGGCCAGGUACUUGAAUCCUUUGUUGGGAGAGUGGAGGCCCUUCACCGCAUCUUCGUCUCCCAGAAUGUCUAACCAGGGAAUAGCUGUUCUCAAUAAUUUUGUAUACUUAAUAGGGGGAGAUAACAACGUACGAGGCUUUCGGGCAGAAUCGAGAUGCUGGAGGUACGACCCACGACACAACAAGUGGUUCCAGAUACAGUCCCUCCAGCAAGAGCGUGCAGACCUCUCUGUCUGUGUUGUGAGUGAGUACAUCUAUGCUGUGGCAGGACGAGACUACCGUGAAGAUCUGCGGGAAGUGGAAAGAUACGACCCCAAAUCCAACAGCUGGGAAUAUGUGGCAUCCCUCAGAAAGGAGGUGUAUGCACAUGCAGGUGCAGAGUUAGAUGGGAAGAUGUAUAUCACCUGUGGAAGGCGAGGGGAAGACUACCUGAAAGAGCUGCAUUGCUAUGAUCCUGUAGCCAAUCACUGGGACAGCUUAGCUGACAGCCCUGUCAGAAGGGCCUGGCAUGGGAUGACUGCAGUGCUGGGGAGGCUGUACGUGAUUGGAGGAAGCAACAAUGACUCUAUCUGUAGAAGAGAUGUUCACCAGGUUGCCUGCUAUAGCCCAAGCACUGCUCAGUGGACAACUGUGUGUCCUCUGCCUUCUGGGCAUGGCGAGCCUGGCAUUGCCGCCUUGGGUCACCAAAUCUAUGUCCUAGGGGGAAGAUCACAUAACCAUGGGAUCCGCAUGGACUAUGUUCACAUCUAUGAUGCUGAAAAGGACUGCUGGGAAGAAGGCCCUCAGUUAGAGAAGAACAUUUCUGGGAUGGCUGCCUGUGUUCUUACACUGCCAAGGGCUGUUCUGGUGGACACGGAGAGUUGGGCCUCUGAGUGCCAUGAUCAGCCACAUGUGGCUCCUGAGGUCAUGUGUGUUUUGGCACGGGAGGAAUCUGAUCAUCUGAAUGAUGACUAAGUGGAGGACUUUUUGCACACUGCAAGCAAACCAGACAAUGUGACUUUCCUGACUCGGUUGAGCCCCACAGUUCUGCCACUAAGCUACACUCACUGUGCAGCUAGAGGCUACAUGGUCCUGCUAGUGGUGACUGAGCAGGGCUUCUUCUGGUAAGGCUGCUGGUAGGAGAGGCUCCAUCGUUUCCUUUACAGGGCUGUUUCCUCAGAUGAUACACAGAGAGGAGUUUGCACAGAGGUGUGCUUGGGGAACAUGGACCUUGCUGUCUCUCCUUUCCAGAAUUAUGAUGUGUGUCUUCAUUAUUUAAAUAUUUGCUGACUUGGAAAUGUGCUCUUUAUUAAGGUGCCUUCAAUAACUUGCCAGUACAGUGAAAGCAAGCAAUGGGCACUCUUGGUGAAGGGUCUGUUUCCCUCAAAGCUUGUUAUGCUUCUCCACCACAGCAUAGAUGACAGCAAAGAUCUUGUUCAACUGUUCUGUGAGCAUCAGAAAUCCCUUCAUCUGUCAUAAUUCUACUAGGCAAAGGGGUAGAACUGCCUUCCUUCUAACAUUUUGCUAGUUCUCCUCUCCCUUUCUCAGCUGCUCAAACUAGCUGCUGCCAACCUUUCCUAACUACUAUUUCCUAUGCAUAUUUACACAUGGUGAGCAAAACAUCAGCAUGUCUUUCAGCAUCUUUUUGCACAUGUGUUCAAAAAGAUGGUAUGGCCUCCCCAUAGGUGCCUUUCACUGAACAGUCCCUCAAACCUGUUGAAAACCAAGACAUGCCUUGUAAACUGAACUGCUGGGAGGAUGAAAGAAACACACCAAGCACCCCCAAGUACUGGAAAUGCACCUGAGUAGUGGAUACAAGAGCUGCUUAGCUCAAAAAGAAAAAACUAAAAUGGGAGAUGCUCAGAUGCAUUUCUACCAAAGUGCCACCCCUCCCUCAUCCUUUGGGAUUUCAGCUCAGUCCAUUCAUAAGUUCCAAGGGAAAUCAGCACUUUGUCAAAGUGGCAUUCAACAUCCUACAGUUUUGAUGACAAUUUUCCUUAGAAGCUCAAAAUUUGCUUCCUUAUCUACCCAGGAGUAAAUGUUUAAAUUUACAUGACAUUUCAGAGCCCUUAUUCACAAGCGAAUCAUCUUGCUUUGGUCCUCACAACUUCUCUGAUUCUGGCCAGAUACUGUAGGCCAAAUGAAAUUAAACAAAGCUGACUGCAAUUGAGGGACUGUGAUGAAGAUUUGACCUCUUGGUGAUAGGUUAUUUUGGGCCAACAUUGUACAUCAGCCCUCUGAGAAGGUAUAAAGUAGUUGUGAUUUUGUGAACAACACUUUUCUGUUAAUUAUGCAUGAAUGCUGUCUCUAUCUCAGAAGUUCCCAAUAACAUUUUCCUGUGUUACUGUAGGACUGAUUUCCUUUUGUUGGCUGUACAGCUUCCCCACAUAAUAAAAAAUAUAUUUAUUUAGGA